CUUUUAUAUUGAUAACCAGUUAGCCAGCAACUGCUAGAAAUAGCAAUAACCGUGUAGAUGUAAACGUGUAAUGUGAAUAAUAAAAGAACUUUAAACAAACUUUACUCGGAACGUGCAUGUUUUUACAUAGGAAAAUUCAUUUUGCAAGAAUGAAAUCAAAAUGAUAUAGCUAUAUCGUGUGAGACUGGAUGAAACAAAUGAUUGCAUGGAGAGAAAAACGGAUUAACACAUAAAUUUAACAAAUACUUUGAAACGAAAUUAUGAAAUAUUACUAAAGGUUGGCAAAAAUGGGAAGAACAUUUUAUACGGCACGUGCUGUUCUAACAUUUGCUCUCUGUUACACCUCGGCUACAAUUUUAAUAUUUUUACAUUUGGACACUAGGAAAGGUGAUCAUGUAGGAUCUAAACAAUUUGCACAUGAUGAAGAAGGAACGUUUCCUUAUUUAAAACCAAAAUAUCUAAACUCAUUACAGCAAAAAAGCAAACUUGAUUUCUUACGAAACUUGACUCGUUCAUUAAUGGACAAAUCGAAAGAUAAUCAUAUCAAAAUUAAUAAACUUAUAAGUGAAAAUGAAAGACUUUUAUUGGCUGAUCCUUCUGAUUCAGAAGAAAUUAAGGAGUUACUGAAACAAAUAAGGAAACACAGAGAAGAAAAUAACAAUCUUUCCAAUAAUAUUGCUAAAAUCGAACAGGACCAAAUAUGGCAAAAGGAUAAAGUGAGGUUAAAUGAAGAUAAUAUGAGUAAAAGAACCGACAAUGAGUUGAAAGAAGCACAAAUCAAACCAGACAAGAUCAAACAGAGUGAAAACAUCACUAAACGUAAAGGAGAGGGGAAAAACACAACUACAGCUGUACACCGAAAUAAAGAAUUGCAGGACGCAUAUGAAGUAAAUUACAGCAAUGUUUUAAAUAAUCCACCAAAUCUCCCAGAGGCUGUCUAUGAUUACAUGCCACCUAAUGCUCCAGGUGAAGGAGGUAGAGAUGUAUUCAUAAAUGAAUCAGCGCUUAGCACCGAGGAACAUCAGAAAUACAUGGACGGCGAGAGAAAAAAUUCUUUCAACGAAUAUGCAAGUAAUAAAAUAUCUGUACAUAGAAGCUUGCCUGAUACAAGAGAUCCCAGUUGUUCCCGAUUGUUUCCGGAAAAUCUUCCAACAACAAGUGUAUUAAUAUGUUUUCACAACGAGGCUUGGUCUGUUUUACUUCGCACUGUUCACAGCGUUCUUGAUAGAUCACCAGAACAUCUUAUCAAAGAAAUCAUACUGAUUGAUGACUUUUCAGACAUGGAUCACCUAAAGGAACCUUUAGAAUAUUACAUGGCAAAACUAAAGAAAGUGCGCAUUUUAAGAACAACAAAACGUGUAGGUUUGAUAAGAGCGCGGUUAGUUGGUGUGUCUGCAGCAAUAGGCGAGGUUCUUACUUUCUUGGACUCUCACGUCGAGUGCUUCCCAGGCUGGCUUGAACCAUUGCUAGAAAGAGUACACGAAGAUAAUACAAGAGUUGUGGCCCCUGUCAUUAACAUGAUAGGUUCACGGACGUUUUCAGCUGGAGGCGGUCCGAACACAGCUGUAGGCAUGUUUAAACUUCAUAAUCCGUCUUUUAACUGGAUGGCUAUCCCAGAACGUGAACGUAAACGUAGAAUUUCUAAAGCGGAUCCUGUAAGAACACCGGUGAUAGCAGGAGGGCUGUUUGCUAUAAACAAAGAUUAUUUUAUUAAAAUGGGACAAUAUGAUGCCGGCAUGGACAUAUGGGGGUUUGAAAACAUUGAAAUAUCUUUAAGGAUAUGGAUGUGUGGAGGGUCUCUAGAAAUACAUCCUUGUUCCCACGUUGCUCACGUGUUCCGCAGAACAAGUCCGUAUAAAUGGGGUCAAGAUAUCAACAAAAUAUUGAGACGUAAUUGUGUAAGACUUGUCGAAGUUUGGUUUGAUGAAUACAAACAAUUCUAUUAUGAACAGAUUGGCUAUAGACUGGGUGACUAUGGUGACGUCACAGAAAGAAAGAAAUUACGUGAACAACUAAAUUGUAAGUCUUUCCAGUGGUACAUCAAGAACGUAUUUCCUGAGAUAGAGAUACCACCGGUUAGCCGAUUUGUUGGCGAGAUAAGAGGACAUAGGUCUACACCGGAAAUGUGUUUAGACAGUAUGACUGGUACCCCGAAUGGUCAACCAGUAGCAAUGAUUCCAUGUCAUGGCAUGCUAGGAAAUCAGCUUUGGAAGUAUACAGAAAACAAUCAGUAUAGACUGUCAGAGGGCUGCUUGGGAUAUAAUGAACGGAAACUUAAAGUUGGGUAUUAUAUGUGUGGCGAGGUUGACCCAAAAUCUCAGCAGUGGAUCAAACAAGACGUAAUUACUUUAUUAGUAUUUCCUAGUAAUGAUUUUACAUUUACCUGA